AUGUCUGAUGACAGAAGCGCAAUUGUGACACCAACCAUUUAUCGUGAAUACAUUUUGAAACACUUUCCAACCACAGUUAGCUCAGAGUACAAACCAGUUGACUUCAUAAUAGGCGUUGCUAGUGAGAACUAUACUCCAACUGGAGGCACGGGAGAUUUCCAUCCCAACUGGAGCCUUACUACUUUCAGUCCUGAAAAGUUGAAAAAUCUGAAAGAAAAUUAUCCACAAGUAAGGUUUGUGAUAAGUUUCGGAGGCGUUGGAACUCAAUAUCCAUUCAAGUCUUAUGAGAAACAACAGUGGAUUACAAGUGCUGUGAUUUCCAUCAAAGAUAUCAUCCAUCUCUAUGACGAUAACAACCAAAAAAACUUGAUUGAUGGUAUUGAUAUUCACUACGACUCUAUUGAAUCGAGUCCCGAUGAUUUCUCUUACUGUAUUGGAGAAGUUAUAAACAAACUCAAAACUGAUCUAUCCAUUAAGUCUGUGUCCAUUGCUCCAACAGAACACAACCAAUCCCACUACAAAAAAUUGUAUUCGGACAACCAAGACAAUAUUGACUUUGUUGGUUACUUGUUCACCAAUCAAACAUAUUCUUCGGUUGAAAAAGUUGUACAUGUCUUUGAAAAAUUAGUUGCUGACUACAGUCCUUUUAAAGUCCUUCCUGGAUUUCUCUACCCAUCUUUUUCUGAUGUUAUAAUUAAAGAGGCCAUCAUAUUCCUCAUCAAUCACAAAUUAGCUACCGGUUUUUUUACAUAUCCUGCUGAUCAUGACUCUCCUGUUGGUCCUCCUGGCCCUUUCUCCUUUAAGGAAUAUGCUUCAAAAAGUACCUAG